ACCGUACAGAGUUUUUAAAUCUACAGAACGUUUUUAAUCAUCAGAUAAAGGGUAAAUGUGGGGAAAGUGUCUGGGUCUUUCUGCUGACAAGUCUCCGACUAUCAAAUGAGAACCUAAGGGCAGCUUCAUCCUAACUGCUGAGUCCCUGCACGGAGACGCGGUGCUCAAGCACAGCAAAGACGACUGGAAAUAUGGCGGCGGACUCUGAAGCUGCUAGCGGCCAUGGCGCUCGCGGCUCCUCCGCCGGUUUGGAAGCUUCUUUGGACCGCCGAUUUCAAGGAGUCUCUAACACUAUGGAGUCAAUACAAGGACUGUCUACUUGGUGCAUUGAAAACAAAAAAUACCACAGCCUUAUCGUCCGAUACUGGAUGAAGUGGCUCAAGAAAUCGGACACCAACCACCGCCUGAACCUCUUCUACCUUGCCAACGACGUCAUCCAGAACUGCAAGAGGAAAAACGCCAUAGUGUACCGACCUGCCUUCGCAGAGGUUCUCCCCAGAGCCGCCCUGCUGGUCACGGAUGUAAAGGUACGGAGGUCAGUGGAAAGGAUCUUCACCAUUUGGGAGGAGAGAAGCGUCUACCCCGAAGAGCUCAUCUCCCUUCUGAAAACCACCCUGGCACGGAGGGAGAGAGACAAAGAGAAGGACAAGGAGAGAGAGAGGGAGAAAGAGAAAGUCAAAGAGAAAGAGACCACACCUGUACCAGCCUCAGCCAACCCCAAAGCUGCUCUCAAGUCCAAGAUAGUGGCUGAGUUCACACCUCAGUCGUUCAUAGAGCAGCUGUGUGGCUACAAGCGUGUGGUGGCGGAGGAGGAGAUGAAGGAGAAGCAGCUGACGGCUCUCAGGGUGGAUGUCGGCAGCACCGAAGCCCUCAAGAGACUCAAAGACAAGGCAGAAGGAAACAAGUUUUCCAAGGACUUUGAAGACAGCAGCCUGAAGCUUCAGGAGUUUGUGAGCUUCCUGGAGACCCAGCUGAGCGCAGGGCCCCCUCUGUUGGAGGCUUUGGGAAACGCGGAUGUCUUCUACGAGAUGCAGUACAAAGAGGUCAAGAUCGUGGCCAACGCUUACAACACCUUCGCCAACCGUGUGUCCAGCCUCAAGAGGAAGCUCGACGCCCUCAAGUCCACACUCCCCGGCUCCGAGGACUCCCCCGUCCCCUCGCCCUCCGAAGACGCCCCCUCGCCCACCGGCUCGGACUCCCCCUUCCUGGAGCUGGGGGCCGGCCGGGGGGGCAGCAUGACCUUUGACCCCGAGCUGGACGGCCGGGCCAUGGAUGACGGAGAGCUGGGGAGAGCCGGGGACAACAGAGUCCUGGAGGACAUGGAGCUGUCUGAGGAGGAGACGGACACCAGCAUCAUAGCAGUGGAAAACAAGACAGACAAGACAUCCUGCGCUUCCAAGACAACCAAGCCUGUCCAAUCAGCAGCAGCUUCCAAACCCUCCCCUUCACCCACGCCCACCAAAACCCCCCCUGACCCUUUCUCCAAAAAGACGGGCCCCCCAGCCCCGGCCCCAGCCCCAGCCCCGGCCCCAGCCCCCACAGGGGCUGCUGCCCCCUCGGCUGGCCAGGGACUGGACCCUUCUCUGGGGGUGAACCUGGCCAAUGUGGACCUGGGCAAGAUCAGCUCCAUACUGAGCUCCAUCACGUCCGCCAUGAAGAACACAGCAGUGAGCCCUGUCUCUCGGCCUUCUCCCAGAACCCCCACCACCCCCUCUGGCCAAUCAUCUUCCUCCAAACCGGCCCCGCCCAGCCCCGCCCUGGCCAGCAUCCUGUCUCGAGUAGACAUCUCCCCUGAGGGCAUCCUGAGCGCCCUGUCCAAGACCAGCACUCAGGGUCUUUCAUCUCUGCUUCAAAGUGUCACUGGAAACCCCCCCUCCUCCUCCGCCCCCCCCUCCCGCUCUUCCCCAGAAUCCUCUUCAGCGAAGGCUCCACCCACUUCUAAACCCCCCCUGGGGAACAGCCUGAAACGAGAGACGGGGCGAACGAGGGACUGGGAGAAAGAGAGAGAGUGUAGUCCGCCCCCCCCUCCCCCCUCCGCCCCUGCUGCCUGCGUCUCUCCCCCCAGUUUAGAGUCUAAGAUCAACAGCUUCCUCCAGGGGAACCCUGGCUUCAGCCUGGGGCUGGGGGACGGGAGCCCCCUCUUGGGGGGGGAGGGGGUGGACGGGACCCCCGUGAGAGACGAGACCGGGGGUACCCCCACCCAGGACGAGAUCAUGGACACCCUGGGGGGUGACCCUGGGGGUCACAACCUUUCACCCACAGCCUACCGCAGUGACCCCUGGGACGCCGUCAUCACCCCCACAGGAAGCAGCAGUGACGGCAACUUCCUGUGCUCCUCCUCCUCCUCCUCCCAAGGACAGAGUUACGGAGGCGGGAAGAAGGUGCCUGCUGGGAAGAGCUCCGCCAAGACCAAGGAGGUGCAAGCGCUGAAGACCAGGAAGCUGUCCGGCAGUUCGUCUCUGUCCCUCGCUGAGUUGAAGGCUAAGAAGGAAGGGCAUCCCCUCCAGGGGAGGUUCCACGCAGGCGAGCGAGCGUCCGGGGAGAGGAGAGCGUCCGCGGGCUCCCGCAAGGCCAGCAGCGGCUCCGAGGACGGAGGGCUGGGCGGACGCAGGGAGGAGAAGGGUCGAGGACGGCAGGGUGGGUCCCCGGGACGAGAGGGCGCGGAGGGGCAGUACCACCGCAUAGAGACCCUGGUGUCCCCCUGCACAGAAGGAGCCCCCAUCCACACACUGAACUACUCCAACCGUCUGCAGCCCGGGGAGCGCAUCCAGACCGUGGAGAGCAUCCGCGUGAUUGGUCGAGGCAUGCGGCACGGGGGCGGGGCAGGUGGGCGUCCCGGGGGUGGGAUGUGGUAUGAAGAAGGGAGUUACGUGGAGCCGCCUUCCCCCUCACACCCUCACGGCGCCCCCCCCCCUCUCAACGCCUCCCCCGACACGUGCCCCCCCAUGCCCCCACCGCCUCCCCCUCACCUCCUCCCCCCUCAUCCUCACACCCUCCUUGGCCAUCCUCCCCCCCCACUCGGUCAACCCCCCACCCAGUUCCAGAUGGGUUACCAUGGGGACAACCCCCAGAACCAUCCCGCUCACCUGCACCAGCAUCCUCCCCCUCCCUCCCCCUUCUUCAGCUCUCCCCCUCCCCCCAUCCCUCGCCCCCCUCCACCUCCCAUGCCCCAAGCCCCGCCUCACAAUCGUAACUUCCCAGGCCCCCCCUCUGCUGUCAUGGUGGGUGGAGUUCUGGUCCCUGUAGACCGGCCCCUGCCCCUCCCUCCCCCCAGCCGGCCAGAUGGGGCAGAUCGUGGGGGUAUUGGGGGUCCGCGGGGGGGUAAAGGUGGGCCCGUGCCCCUCAUGUUAUCUCUCCUUGGGGAACCUCCGAAGCUACCCCGCUCCGGUACGGUUAAAGAGCAUUUCACCCCCCGUCAUGCUCCCCCCCUGCAUCGCCCGGGGGCCCCUGGGCCCCCCCCUCCCUUACUAGGAAGAGUGAAGGAAGGGCUCAACAUAACUCCUCCAUCUCCCACAUCCUCCUCCACCCCUCCUCCCCCCUCCCCCUCAGGUGACACCAUCCCUCCCCGCCCACAGGCCCCCUCUCUACAGAGGCCCCCUACGAGCCCCCCGGCUGUGCCCCGAAACCCCCGCCGCCCCUCCCCUCCGGUCUCCCUCCUGCGCCUGCCUAACCCCUCCCCUCGCCCCCCCAUCCUUCCAGCCCCUAUGAGCCAAAGACCCCUGCUGAGAGCUCGAGGCCCCCCCACCCACCCCAACCAUGACCCCCACGUGUUCCGGGGGGGCAAGCGCCCUGGGCCCCCUUUCGGCCGAGGACAGGGGGCUCCCUUCCAUCCCCCCAAAAGACCCUUCCUGCCCCCUCGCUACUGAAGUGUCACCCUCCCACUACAAGCUGGACAAAAGAGCCCACACCUUACUAGGCAUCAGAGGCCGAGCUCGUGCAGCCCUCCUGGUAUGAACCCAGCUAGUCACCCUCUCCUGCCCCAGACACACCUCCCUCCUUCCAUUUAAGCUCAAUGUAAAUAGAUGUUCAAACCUACAUGUAAAUUAGCCUUUUAUCUCUUCACUCUACUGUACAGUACAAGCUUGUCAAACAUGCAGUCCAACUCAAGUCUGCCCCCUCCACCCCUUCAUCCCUCCCUCCCCCC